AGACACCCUGCUUCCCAGAUGGAGAAAUGUACAUUGCAGAACAAGCUCUCUGCAGCUAACUUUCUAUUUCAGCCAAGUAGGAGGAGCAUUCAUUUCAGCAGCUGGCACCCAUCUCCUCUCUCCCAGCACAUUCUUUGCCCACAGGGAAGGCGACUUUCCCAAUCAGAGGACUCAGUGGGGCUGCUUCUCUCCCCAUCCAGGAGCCCACCCUGUGCUCAUGGAGCUAAGAUGAGCCAGAAGGCGAGAUUGCCAUGGAAGAGAGCCCCACCACGGUGAAACUGGAUCGCAGUGGAAACCAGAUUUCACCAUCUCGAGGAAGAAGGUGUAUCCCCAAGGCAUUUGGCUAUGUCACCGGUGACAUGAAGGAAUUUGCUGACUGGCUUAAAGACAAGCCUGUGGUGCUCCAGUUCAUCAACUGGGUUCUCCGGGGCAUAUCCCAAGUGGUGUUCAUCAGCAACCCCAUCAGCGGAAUCCUGAUCGUGGUGGGACUUCUGGUCCAGAACCCCUGGUGGGCUCUCACAGGCUGCUUGGGAGCAGUAGUCUCUACUCUGACGGCCCUCUUGCUCAGCCAGGACAGGUCUGCCAUCGCAGCGGGACUCCAAGGCUACAAUGCUACCCUGGUGGGAAUACUCAUGGCUGUCUUUUCAGACAAGGGAAACUAUUUCUGGUGGCUGUUACUGCCCAUAUCUGUUGUAUCCAUGACUUGCCCAAUCUUCUCAAGUGCAUUGAACUCCGUGUUCAGCAAAUGGGACCUGCCUGUCUUCACCUUCCCUUUCAACAUGGCCUUGUCCAUGUACCUUUCAGCCACGGGACAUUACAAUCCAUUCUUUCCAAGCUCAUUGAUCACACCUGUAACCUCGGUUCCCGAAGUCACCUGGUCUAACCUCAGUGCCCUGGAGUUAUUUAAAGCUCUGCCAGCUGGCGUUGGUCAGAUAUAUGGCUGUGAUAACCCAUGGACUGGGGGCAUCUUCCUGUGCGCCAUCCUCCUCUCCUCUCCCCUCAUGUGCAUACAUGCGACAAUUGGAUCUCUGCUGGGCAUAGUAGCUGGACUCAGUCUUGCAGCUCCAUUUGGAGACAUCUAUUUUGGACUCUGGGGUUUCAACAGCUCUCUGGCCUGCAUUGCAAUCGGAGGAAUGUUCUUGGCACUCACCUGGCAAACCCACCUCUUGGCUCUUGCCUGCGCCCUAUUCACUGCAUACCUUGGAGGAAGCCUGACACACCUAAUGGCUAGGGUUGGAUUGCCAGCUUGUACAUGGCCCUUCUGUUUGAGCACACUACUGUUCCUCCUGCUGACCACCAACAACUACAACAUCUACAAGAUGCCCCUCAGCAAAGUCACUUAUUCUGAAGAAAACCGCCUCUUUUAUCAGCAAACCAGGAGAAGAAUAGUGGAAAGCCCAUUGUGAGAGCAGCCACUAUCCAUGACCAACAUCAUGAGUCAUUUCCACCUGACUCCUGCUCCAUUCAACCUCCAAAUCCAAGAGGACUGCUGUCUUUGUUGCUAACCCAUGGGUGAUCUGUUCUUCUGUUCAUUCUGAAUUGAUUGUUUUGACUCCAGGAAUACUCUCAAACUCAUGAGAACCACAUCCAGGUGGUGUGCUCUGAUGUGGAAUUUUAAAACCCUAUAGGGGUUGGCACUAAGACUGCAACGUAUUUAUAAAAUCAAAACACUCCAACAGAAAGAGGAAGCAAAGCAGGCACUAUUAUCGAUAUUUAUUGAUAAUGUGGUGUUUUAUUGGCUGGAUGAUGUUAACAGCAUUACAAAGCAAGCUCUGUGAAAACAAUGCAGUGUAGCAAUCUCACAGAAGCAGAUUGUUCUCUUCCGAUCAAUGCAAGUUACAUAUUAAAACUGUGGUGGGAGCUGCAGAGGCAGCCUGGACAGGCACCGACUCCCCAGAUCCCCAGCCAUAUGGACUCCCCCACUAUUACAGGUGAGGGAACAGGUCUUUGGUUGUGUUUUGUUUUGUUUUU